AUGACGCCUCGAGUGUUUCUUGUUUGCAUAUUUGCACCUCAUCGAUCUCAGGGCGUGGAUGGAGACGGGCGGCCCAAUUACGCCCGGGAUUUGCGGUGGAGCUACCACAAGUUUAACACCUGGGGAGACCAGAUCGCCUGGGAGGACCUGAAAUCUGCUAUGAAUGUUCUUCGACGAUUCAACCUUGUUCUUGUGCUGGAAUUUGUCGAAGACGAGAUGUGGGCAUUGGAGGAGGCGUUUGGCUGGAGCUUACCACGGAGAAAGUGGUUGCCGAACGAGCACGAAGCUGUGCGACUCGACAAGAAAUCGAUUCACGUGAUUGGAGCUUUACCUCGGGAGGAGUGGACGGAUGUCCUCAACGCAAACGUUUUCGAUCUGCUGUUGUUUCAAUGGGUCAAGAGGCUAUACCUGGAGCGACGCGCUUGCCGCCAUGUCGACCGAGCGUCCAUCUCCGAUAUUCAACCACAAUUUAGACCUUAAAAAGGCCUAUUGCAGAACAACCGGUUGAUCGGUGGGUUGCGUACGUAGAAGAUGGUUGCGGUCCACGGCGAGAAGAAUGUAGUUGCGCGAAAAACAGCUUUGGCGCUCUCUUGAAGUGACGCCGGCGGAUACAAAUUUGGAAGUCGUUGCAUGAGCUAAAGCUGUGGACAUGGAUGGAGUGUGUUGUUGUUGUUGCUGUUGCUGU